CCAGCAGAUCCGACCCGCAACAAAAGACACACGCGCCACCACCACGCGUGGGUAAACCUUGUUUCAAUUACUCACAGAGUGACGGUCAUCUCACUAUCUUCUCUCAACUCAACAUAAUCCGUUCAAUUCCAUAGUCCACGUCAUCACUCCGAUCCUCCCUCUCCUUAAACACAUCAAUCCCCUCAAUUUUAUCUAACUCAAUAACACAAAGGUAUGUCUGUUUUCGGAUAUUACUAUGUUUAUUUUAUAUUAUAUAUUCAAUAUAAUCUAUAAUAAUUGUUACUAUUAAUUUGUAUGUAAAGUUAAUCACUUUAAUGUUUUUUUGUGUUUAUUAGUGAAUUUUAUAAAUGGGUUCUGAAAAGAAUUUUAGUAAGAAGUCAUUUAAGAAUGUAAAUAGUAAUAAAAGUAAUAAGAAGUUAUCACAAAAUUUAGGUAUGGGUUCCAAGGGGAAUUUAGGGGUUAAGUUUGGGUUUAAGAAGCAAGAGAAUCGGGUUACGAUAGAGUUAACGUCUCGGUCGAGGCAUGAAAUGAAGCAGAUUAAAAGGAAGUUAGUUAAUGAGCUUGAGUUAGUUAGGAGGUUAGUUAAGAAGAUUGAAGGAGGUAGUAAUAGGGACUUAAGUGUGUCGGGUUUGGAUAGGAAGACGAUGAAUAAGAAGAUGAAGUCUAGUGGUGGCGGCGGCGGCGGCGGCGGUGGUGGCGGCAGUGGUGUGGAUGCUCGGUUUUCGAAUAAGUUAUUUAAGAGUUGUGGUGCGUUGCUUGAGAAGUUAAUGAAGCAUAAACAUAGUUGGGUGUUUAAUACGCCGGUUGAUCCAUUAGCAUUAGGUUUGCAUGAUUAUUUCGAUAUAGUGAAACAUCCGAUGGAUUUGGGUACGGUGAAGUCGAGGCUUGAGAAGAAUUGGUAUAAUUCUCCGAUGGAGUUUGCGGAGGAUGUUAGAUUGACGUUUCAAAAUGCAAUGACGUAUAACCCGAAAGGGCAAGAUGUGUAUGCUAUGGCAGAGUUUUUGUUGAAGUUGUUUGAAGAGAAGUGGAAGGUUUUAGAAGCGGAUUAUGUGAAGGAGUCGAGGGUAAAUGAAGUUAGUUUGCCAACCGGGACGAGAAAACAAGCACCUUCUCAGUUUUUGCCGGUAUCGGACAGGAUGGAAACGCCGGUACCUGCUGUUGAUCAUAGACCACAGGCUACUAAAGUUUCUAAGUUAGGUAAAAGUCCUUCGUUAAAGAAACCGAGGGCUAAAGAUUUGAAUAAGAGGGAAAUGACGUAUGAGGAGAAGCAGAAACUUAGCGUGGAUCUGCAGAAUUUACCUUGUGAAAAGCUGGAUCAUGUUGUCUUGAUUAUCAAGAAAAGGAACCCGACUUUGUCACAAAAGGAUGAUGAAAUUGAAGUGGAUAUCGAUACUUUUGAUACUGAAACUCUUUGGGAGCUUGACCGGUUUGUAACUAACUACAAGAAAGGUUUAAACAAGAACAAAAGGAAAGCUGAAUUCCCUGAUCAGGAAAAAAUGGACGCUGAAUCUGAAGUCCCGAAUCGUGAAAGAAUUGAAGUUGAGUCUGAAUUCCAUGAGCAAGAAAAAAUGGAAGCUGAACCUGAAGUCCCUAAUCGAGAAAGAAUUGAAGUUGACCCCGAAGUCCCUAAUCAGGAAAGAGUUGAACUUGAAUCUAAAUUCCCUGAUCACGAAAGAAUUGAAGUUGACUCUGAAGUCCCUAAUCAGGAACGACUUGAACCUGAACUCCAUGAUCAAGAAAUAAUGGAAGUCGAACCCGGACUUCCUGAUCAAGAAAGAAUUGAACUUGACCCCGGAUUCCCAGAUCAAGAAAGAAUGGAAGUUGAACCCAGACUCCCUGAUCAAGAAAAAACUGAACUUGAACCCGGAUUCCCUGUUGAAGAAAGAAUUGAGGUUGAAGCUGAACCGGAAGUCCUUAAUCAAGAAAGAGUCGAAGUUGAAUCUGAAUUUCCUAAUCAAGAUAUGAUUGAAAUUGAAGCAAACAUACGGGACAAAAACCCAGAAUUAGUUGUGGUCGAUGCCCCCAAAGAAGUUGAAACAGAUGAAAGAGUCUCUACUUCUCAAAUCCCGAUUGAGGAGCUGGUAGAUGACCAGGUUGACCAUGGAGACAAGUCAAGUAGCUCAAGCAGCUCUAGCAGUGUAUCUGGCUCUUCUUCUAGUGAUUCUGAUAGUGAUAGUUCAUCUGAAGCGGGAUCUGAUGCAGGUCAUUCUUCCAAGGCAUGAUUGUAACUGAUUUGGCUUUGGCAACAAUAAAGAUUUCUGAAACUGUACCAACCAUCAAAGGAGUCGAAGUUGUUUGUAGGGACCCUUUUCAAGGAGCUGAAAAUCGACAAAACACAGUGCCAAUGUACAAUUUAAUGCACGAGGCGCAAAUAGUUGCUGUAUUAUGCCUUUAAGUUUAGCGAUUCUAAGCCCUAUGAAAGGAUGUGCUCUUUGUAGUCCAUAACUAUUUAUGUUAAAACUUAGUAUUUCUGUAAUUGUAUGUAAUCAGCUAUGUAUUUCAUAGUGUUUUAGCAUUAACCUUAACUUGUCUCAUGUUAUUAAACUCUCUGUAGAAGCAGUCAUGUUUUUCAUAAGAAAAUCUUGUAAAGUUAAUUUAGUUCCUGAAUUAGUGUCGUCGUAAUUUUAUUGCAAAAA